AUGAACCAGUGGUACUUUGAUAGACCAAUGCAGAAGUGCCGAGGACAAGUUAACGGUUUAACAGCCCGGAUACGAAGGAUACUGCUUGCAGCACACGCGCUUGCACCACGAGUAGCAGUCCUUGAUGCCGCAGGUCGGCGUGUUGCAGAAUGUCAUGCAGCCGGGCCAGUCGGUGUAUCUCUUGUCGAGUUCUUCGAUGGGGUUGGCGAGUGCGAGGCUUGCGAAAGCCGUGAGGGCAACAAGUGUGAACUUCAUGAUUGGGAAUGGUAG